UGCUCCCUCCCUCCACCCUCCUCCCUCCCCUGGGCCCUGCUCCCUGCCCUCCUGGGCAGCCAGGGCAGCGAGGACGGCACCAAGGGAGCUGCCCCAUGGACAGGGCCCCACAGAGACACCACCAAGCCUCGCGGGAGCUGCUAGCUGCAAAGAAGACCCACACCUCACAAAUUGAAGUGAUCCCUUGCAAAAUCUGUGGGGACAAGUCUUCGGGGAUCCACUACGGGGUUAUCACCUGUGAGGGGUGCAAGGGUUUCUUCCGCCGAAGCCAGCACUGCAACGUGGCCUACUCCUGCACCCGUCAGCAGAACUGCCCCAUCGACCGCACGAGUCGAAACCGAUGCCAGCACUGCCGCCUGCAGAAAUGCCUGGCGCUGGGCAUGUCCCGAGAUGCUGUCAAGUUCGGCCGCAUGUCCAAGAAGCAGAGGGACAGCCUGCAUGCAGAAGUGCAGAAACAACUGCAGCAGCAGCAGCAGCAGAGGCAGGAACAGGCGGUCAAGACCACUCCAGGAGGGGGCCAAGGAGCAGACACCCUCACCUGCCCUGUGGGGCUCUCAGAUGGGCAGCUGCCCCUGGGCUCCUCACCUGACCUGCCCGAGGCCUCUGCCUGUCCCCCUGGCCUCCUGAGAGCCCCAUUCUCUGGGCCCUCAUAUUCCAACAACAUGGCCAAGUCCAGACUCAAUGGGGCCUCAUACCACCAUGAAUACAGCCCUGAGCGGGGCAAGGCUGAGGGCAGAGAGAGCUUCUAUGGCACAGGCAGCCAGCUGACGCCUGACAGGUGCAGACUUCAUUUUGUGGAACCCAGGCACCUUGGGCUUGGAGAACCAAGACAGAGCCCGGACAGCUACUGCAGCCCCAGUUUCCACAACAUACCAGAGGCACCUUAUGCCUCCUUGACAGAGAUAGAACACCUGGUGCAGAACGUGUGUAAGUCCUACCGAGAGACGUGCCAGCUGCGGCUGGAGGACCUGGUUCGGCAGCGCUCCAACAUCUUCUCCCGGGAGGAAGUGAGCAGCUACCAGAGGAAGUCCAUGUGGGAGAUGUGGGAACGGUGUGCCCACCACCUCACCGAGGCCAUUCAGUACGUGGUAGAGUUUGCCAAGAGGCUCUCAGGCUUUAUGGAACUCUGCCAGAAUGACCAGAUCGUGCUACUCAAAGCAGGAGCAAUGGAAGUGGUGCUGGUCAGGAUGUGCCGGGCCUACAAUGCUGACAACCACACAGUCUUUUUUGAAGGCAAAUAUGGUGGCAUGGAGCUGUUCCGAGCCUUGGGCUGCAGCGAGCUCAUCAGCUCCAUCUUUGACUUCUCCCACUCCCUAAGUGCCUUGCACUUCUCCGAGGACGAGAUUGCCCUCUACACAGCCCUUGUUCUCAUCAACGCCAGUCGGCCGGGGCUCCAAGAGAGAAGGAAAGUAGAACAGCUGCAGUGCAAUCUGGAGCUGGCCUUUCAUCACCAUCUCUGCAAGACUCAUCGCCAAGGCAUCCUGACAGAGCUGCCACCCAAGGGAAAGCUUCGGAGCCUGUGUAGCCAGCAUGUGGAAAAGCUGCAAAUCUUCCAGCACCUCCACCCCAUCGUGGUCCAAGCCGCAUUCCCCCCACUCUACAAGGAGCUCUUCAGCACUGAAACUGAGUCACCUGCAGGGCUGUCCAAGUGACCUGAAGGAGGGACUCCUGCCCUUACAGCCUGCUGACUUACCUCCCUGGACCCCCUUCCACCUCAGCCUUUCCCUUUCCCAUGAACUGUGGAGGGUGGUCCCCGUCCACUCUCUGUGGGUGAGCACACGCUGAGACUGGUUUCUACCCACAGGCUUGCCUGGCAGGGGGACAAUAGCCCGAGCGUGGGAUGGAGGAACACCAUCUCCAGCCUCAACUUUGUUCUCUCUCAUUUCCCAUACUCCUUCACGCCCAGCUUCUGGAAGGUGUGGGUGGGUGGCCGGGAUAUAAGGACCUUUAGGGGGACCGAGGUGUCCUCAAGAAAACAGGGGCACCCAAGGCACCCUGGAUGAACAGAGCUCAGCUCCCGGCUCAGAAGCUAAGAAUAGACCUUUGAAAUACCUCAUUGCAUUUCCCUCCGGCUUGGGGGAGGGGGGUUGGCUCAAGCUCAGACUGGUGGCUGGAGCCCAGAAGGACUUGUAUAUAACACGAAUCUGGAUCUUUA